GAUCAUUCAACUUGGUUUUCAGAAUCUUUUUCAGCUUCAUUAUUCCCAUUUCAAUUCGCCACUUCAUUCAACUCACACUUCUUUUAUACUAAACCCAUCACGAUGCAAGUUCAUCACCAUAUCAAGUUGAUACAAGAUUAAAUUGAUGGACGCAGGAAAGUAUUCAGUUCAUGAUUGACAAUAGUACAGGAAAUAAGUUAUGACUCAACCGUCUGUUAUAUUAGCAACUGCUAGCUAUGAUCACACCAUUAGGUUCUGGGAGGCGAAAAGUGGACGGUGCUAUCGAACCAUACAGUACCCAGAAUCUCAAGUGAAUAGGCUAGAGAUAACUCCAGAUAAGAGGUACCUGGCUGCUGCAGGGAAUCCACACAUUCGUCUAUUUGAUGUAAACUCCACCAGCCCUCAACCGGUUAUGAGCUAUGAUUCCCAUACCAACAAUGUGAUGGCCGUGGGGUUCCAAUGUGAUGGAAAAUGGAUGUAUUCAGGUUCUGAAGAUGGAACUGUCAAGAUUUGGGAUUUAAGGGCACCAGGUUGCCAGAGAGAAUACGAAAGUCGUGCUGCUGUUAACACCGUUGUUUUGCAUCCAAAUCAGACUGAGUUGAUAUCUGGUGACCAAAAUGGCAAUAUUCGUGUAUGGGACUUGACUGCAAACUCAUGCAGCUGCGAGCUGGUGCCAGAGGUUGAUACAGCAGUGAGAUCAUUGACAGUGAUGUGGGAUGGUAGUUUAGUAGUUGCUGCCAACAACAAAGGAACAUGUUAUGUUUGGAGGUUGUUGCGUGGAACACAGACCAUGACCAAUUUUGAGCCACUUCACAAGCUACAGGCUCAUGAUGGUUAUAUCCUCAAAUGUCUCCUUUCACCUGAGUUUUGUGAGCCUCAGAGGUAUCUGGCAACGGCAUCUUCUGAUAGCACUGUCAAGAUAUGGAAUGUAGAUGGUUUCACACUGGAGAAAACUCUUGUUGGACAUCAACGUUGGGUGUGGGAUUGUGUGUUUUCUGUAGAUGGUGCUUAUCUUAUUACAGCUUCUUCUGAUACAACAGCGAGGCUAUGGUCAAUGUCUACUGGUGAAGAUAUUAGAGUGUAUCAGGGACAUCAUAAAGCCACUGUGUGCUGUGCACUUCACGAUGGUGCUGAAGCUACUGGCGCCUGAUGUUGUUGGAAUGACUGCACUUCAUGGUUGGGUUGUGCAAGUCAGUUACAUGUACUGCUUACAUGUCAUUCGGUUGAUAAGGACCAAAAUUAUCAAAGCCACCCAAGCCUAGUUUCUGUCUAAAUUACUUGCUUGAAAAAAUGCACGCUGUGGAGUAAAUGUCGAUAAAUACUUUGUUCUGUAUAUUUCGUUGUGUAGUUUGACUGCAGAAAUUUUACUCUCCGUUACCGUGUAGUUUGACUGCAGAAAUUUUACUCUCCGUUACCGAACAAACCUCUAUAAUGUCAAUCUAGAGUAUGUAAUCCUUUCGGGAGGGAUUAUUUUCUUGAAUGGUUUUGGGUGACUCAGUUGUAGUGUUUUAUUGAUUGUGUGGUCAGAUAUUGGCUGGGGCCCAUGAUGUAAUCAAGAAAUUUUAUGUAGCUACUACAACAAUUCACAUGUUUGUUUAUGGCA